AAUAUAUUUCAAAUAUGGACUUUGUAUUGUUGCUACAUGUCUAGCUCCUUUACUUGGAAUAAUUUUACCUGUGUUAGAUAGGAUAGAUAGUACCACUAAGCAUAUUAUUCCGAAAAAAGAUGGGAAGGGUGGUGUAUGGAUUGGUGGAUAUAAAUCUAUUUUAUCUGUUUCAGGAAUACCCGUUGAAGUAACAUAUAUUUAUAUUGCAUUCUUUGUAAUAUUAUCAUUUAUAAUAUUGUUCCUCAUUAUUUACGUAAUGGGGAAAUUUUUAAAAUAUGAACAAUUAAAGGCGAAGAAGGAAAAAAUGUUUUUUAAGGAAUAUUAUGAUUUCAACAAAGAUAUGUUUAGAAAAAGAUUCUAUUAUGCAAAUAUAUAA